AUGUCACAAACAACAGCUCAACUAUUGGCCCUCCUGUGCCUGAUGUCCACCGUGGCCAGCAUUCCGCUUCGCCAGGGGCAGCUUCUCUCGGCCAUGCAGAACAUGCAGCGAUCGUACGAUGCCCGGGCGAGUCAGGACGAAUCCACGGGUUUCUUGCAAGCCUUAGAGGAAGGAGCUGAAGCCGGGACGGCGAAGCAACAGGAACCUGCCGAAAGCAAUCACGAGGCGUCUGCGUCGCGAAGCCGAGAAAGCGAACCCGAGAUGGAGCAGCCCACCGUUGCUGGAGGUGGCUCUCCCCUGCCGGGAGUGAGGAAGAACAAAAUGUUGGGCUACUUUGCCGGCCUGUACGCACCACCGUCGACGCUGGGAAUUGCACCGGCGGCGGCUGCUUACGCGCAACCGUACGGCUACCCGAUGUAUCACUCGAUGCUGGAUUACUACGACGACUACCUGCCGACGCUGGAGAACUCCUAUCCGAGUCUGAACAUGCUGGCCAACAUGCAGAGCUAUCCGCAGAAUGUGUACGCCAACAUGCCCGCCGGCAUGGGCUCGUUCCAGACGAUGAGCAACCUCUCGCCCAAUUUGCAGCAACAACUCAACAGCUUGGUCCAGCAGCAGCAGCAACAACAACAGCAGCAGCAACAGCAGCAACAAGGGUCGACGAACCCACAGCUGGCAAACCUGGCCAACACGCUGGACGCGAACGCCGCCUCGCUGGGCAGUUUCCAGAGCUUGGCCGCCAGCUUCGCCGCCGGAAAUGAGAACUUCCAGAGUCUUGACGACGAAGACAUCCUGUCGAGGCACAGCCAAGGUUCGCGUCGUCGCCCCGGCGUGAAAAACUCUCCGAUCUACUACAUCCGACUGCCACCGACUCCGUACAUGUUCGUGCCUGGUGUCGGCUACAUCUCCCAGCCACCCACGAUCCAACCGAUGGCCGCGCCAGUCCCGCAAUAUCCCCAACUUGCUCCACCCGUCACCAUGAGUCCCUUCUACCAGCUGCCGAUCAACUUCGUCUCGAACGGUAAACCAUCCGGCAUUUACCAGUGGAACGGUGCACCGGCCGCCCCAGUCGCACCAUCGCAGCCUGCAUUCGCCCUGCCCUACCCGGCGAGACCACAACGACCUGCCUUCGCACCGCCCGCCUUCAUCCAGGACUCCAAGAUCACACACCUGAAGGGUCCGUUCCUGUUCAAUGGCCGACCGGAGGAGAUCUUCCUGCUGCAGAACACCUUCAACCCACUGUUCCAGAGCCCGCUAGGCUCGUACUACUGA